AUGGCGCUAAAACAAGAGAGUGCUCCAACCCUUACUCCCUCGCGGUUGCCAACCGCCUAUAAGGAAAAUUCUAUUCCUCCACUGGCAACUGAAGAUUUCGACGAAGUUUUGGCAUUUGAAGACUCUGAAAUUGCUAUAAGGAAAUUUUUCAAUAACGAUUUAGCUGGGGCCAUGGAUAUUAUGACGCCUUGCGGAGUAAGACUUGGCACAGCCACAUUCAACCUUAUGAUAUCCCUUCUGCCGCCUAAGAUUAUUAGUGUGUUGGAAUUCGUCGGGUUCUCUGGAAAUAAGAUUUAUCCGAACAGCGUUUGGUUCCUGGUAUUUAAGGGAAGGCUCGAGUUGCUACGUGGUCAAUUUGAGCCCGCUAUUGAAACUUAUAACCGUGUAGUUGUCAACCAACAGACAUGGAAACAGUUCCGUCACGUCUGCUACUGGGAGAUCAUGUGGGUUAACGGGCUGAUGAUGGAGUGGCGUGAUGCUGCAUUAUACGCCGGGAAACUGAUCGAAGAAAGCUCAUGGUCUCGUACCGUGUACUCGUACACUAAAGCUGCUAUGUUGCUGCAGUUAGGCGACAAAAUCACCGCGCCAGAACGACAACACUGCAACGAACUACUGAGACUGAAGAAUGAUAUAAAAGAAGAUACGUUCCUGUUGCCGUAUUCCGUCGCUGAGAUGGCGAUGUGCCAUUAUCAUCUCGGCAACAAAGAUCGCGCUAUACAAAUGCUUCAUGAUGCGAGGAAGAAGUAUUCCGGCUAUUCCCUAGAGUCUCGUUUACAUUUCCGUCUUCAUUCAAAGAUGCAAACAGUAAAAGGUGGCAACUAG